AAAUCUUCCAAAUGCCUAACCAAGCUCAAGUUGCAUUUGUUUGAGAGACACACUGAUGCUGUGUGGACAUGCAACAAGCAGUGAAGGAUGAAGAGUGUGUUGAAGGAACUGGUUCGUGGACGAGCUCUUGUCCUUAUCAUUGUGCUGGGGUUGGGUGGAUCAUUUCAGAAUGGAUUUCAUGUCACAGUCAUCAGCUCUCCAUCUCCAUACAUUCAGAGCUUUAUUAAAAGUAGCUGGACAUAUCGCUAUGGGGAAGAUCCAGCUGACGAAACAGUCACCUUGAUCUGGUCUGCUGUGGUGGCUCUAUUUGCUUUUGGAGGAUUCAUUGGCUGUAUGACUGUCAGAUGUGUAACCGCUUACCUGGGAAGAAAAAGAGUCAUGCUCUGCAACAGUGUGAUAGGAGUUGUGGCUACAGUAAUUAUGUACAUUAGCAAACCUGCAAACUCAUUUGAAAUGAUCCUGCUGUCACGCUUCCUUUUUGGAUUUGCAGCAGGGUUAGGUGGAAGUGUCCAUGCCAUCUACCUUGGUGAGAGUUCACCAAAACAAAUUAGAGGCAUAGUGACUGUCACAUAUGCUAUAUUUCUGUCCAUUGGGAAACUAUCAGGACAAUUUGCUGGCCUCAGGGAAAUUCUUGGUGGCGAAGACUCCUGGCACAUUCUUCUGUGUAUCCCAACAUUUUUCUGUGUGCUUCAGUUGGUAGUCUUGCCAUUCUUUCCUGAUGCUCCACGAUAUGUUCUGAUAGAGAAAGGCAACACUGAACAGUGCAAAAAAGCCCUGCAGUUCCUAUGGGGACCAGGUGAUUACAAGUUUGAGAUAGAGGAGAUGUUAGCAGAGCAGGAAGUCAUUGGAGGGAAACACAGUAAGAGUCUGCUGGAUCUACUGAGGGACAAACAUCUGCGCUGGCAGGUCCUUUCCAUGCUGGUCAUAAAUGGAUGCAUCCAGUUUAGUGGCGUUUCUCCGAUCAGUGUCUUCUCUUUCAACAUCUUUAUAGAGGCUGGUAUUCCGGUCGAUAUGGUCUGUUAUGUCACUCUUGGCAUUGGCACAUCAGAGGUUCUCACCUCCAUAACCUGUGGCCUGUUCAUAGACAGUGUCGGAAGGAGGGCCUUGUUGUGGAGGGGUUUUGGGGGCAUGUCAGCCAUCAUGGCAUUAAUCACUGUCACGUUGCACCUCAAGGACUAUAGUUUUGUGUUUCCAUACACCACUGUCAUCCUCAUUUUCAUCUUUGUGAUUUUCUAUGGGGGGGGCCCAGCUGGAGUUGCCGCUUCUCUCACAAAUGAGAUCUUCAUCCAAUCAUAUCGUCCAGCUGCAUUUGUGUUUACCGGGACCAUGCGCUGGCUGGGGUUUUCUAUACUUGGAUUCAUCUUUCCCUUCCUUAUAGCCGCUCUGAAGUCUCUGAGCUUUGUUCUCUUCUCCUGCGUUUGUCUGAUAGCUGCGCUCUACGUCUUCUUUAUCCUUCCUGAAACGAAAGGCAAAACUCCCCUUGAGAUUUCCCAAGAGUUUAAGAACAUCAGAGUAUGUGGAUACUCCAAAGUAGAUGUCACAUGCUUAGAGACAAAGCUGUAAAUCUGAAAGUUUUGACUUGAUUGACUUGAUACAUGAACGUAAAUGUGGAUGGACAUAAACUGGAAAGGACAAUUUUUCAUUAUGAACUUUAAAGGCUGCUUAGCCGAUAACGUAUGUAAGGAAUACUGUACAGCCAUUAGGAUGGAUCUUGUAUCAUCCUAAAUGGGUUUAUAUUGUGAUAAUGAUUGGUUAACUGCAUAUUAUCCUGCUUAUUACAUAGUAAUAAAC